AUGGCCACUUCCUUAAAAGUUCCAUCACCGAAAGUGGAUCCGAGGCCAGCGACUCAGAGCAAAGGAGCGUUCUUCGUGAACAAGGCCUACGUGCCAAUUCCUCCCCCAAAACCCACCAAACAGGUUCCCAAGUCUGCCCUUGACCCCUACGAAAACGACCUUGACCCCACAGAAGGUGACCUUGAUUCUGACGUAACGGAUGACUUCCCUGAUUCGGCAGACAAUGAUCUGGGGCUGUACGAGGCACCGAAAUCCUUUCCCUAUGACGUAGCUUGUGAUUAUGUAGGGGAUAGGGAAAAUGUUUACGACACCAUUACCAACAACAGCGAGGUUCCUGUACGGAGAACACCAAUCCCGCCAGGAGAUUACCGGAAUGUCACCGACCAUCGCGAAAUGCAGGAUCGCUCCGAGAAGCAUGUGGAUAUUGAACUUGAAAAAGUGACACCUUCGGAGAUUCGUCCGGACGUGCCUCCGCUUCCGAUUCCCAAGGUGCCGUCCGUUGAGAGUGUUUACGAACCUUUACCGAAAAGCUUUCCUCCGUCUUUGGCGGAAGAGCUGAGGAGGAAGAAGAUGGUGAAAUGGGCCAUUGCAGCGAUUUUGGUCGUGCUGGGAGUUGUGGGGUUAAUACUGUCUCUGGUUGGGGUUUUCGUCAUUGCUCCCCAUCUUAAAGACCACGUGACAACAGUCCCGCAGCAGAAGUUGGUUUCCGGUCUGGACACUGAGUUUCAAGAGAACAAUAUCCCAGUUGAGCGAGAAGAACAGCCGGAAAUAUUCAAGGUCAACCAAGGUGAACCAAUACACGGCCAGUGGACACGCUGGGACCCCUGGGGUGGUUGUUCAACAACGUGUGGCCAAGGUGUACAAGUCAGACGACGCACCUGCUCCGACCCCGCCCCGCACAAUGGCGGCUUGGAUUGUGCAGGACCGGACUUUGAGAGGCGCAAUUGUUCUGAUUGGCCGUGCCCGGACUGCAAUAAACCCUGUCCCGCCGGUGCCACAUUGGUGAACUGUUCAAUAUGCGUUUGCAAUGGUUCCGUAUUGUACGGCCGCGUGACGACUACCAAUGGCAUACCUCUGAACGCUGCGGCAGUUUUUCACCAAGAUAAGCAGUGGGAGGCCAUCACCAUGACGAAUCAGUGGGGAGAAUUUUCGGUGCCGAAUGUCUGUACAAGAGAAAUAAGUUAUGUCAUCAGAGCACCAUUCUUCUUUGAAAAACGUGACGUUGCCAUAGAAGUCAAUAACACGCAUGCGCGAUUGAACGUGUCUCUUAGUCGUAAAGAGCCUCCAGAAUUCACAGACCAUCCCUUUAGCACGGCAGCUUUGGUAGGCCAGUCGGUGACAUUUUGUUGCAACGCUACAGCGCAUGAUGAAAAGCUACAAUACUUGUGGUACAAAGAUAAUAGACUGCUGGAAGAUGCACAACAAGGGGCUGGAAAUGUUCUUACCCUCGGCAAGGUCACUCAGCAGGAUUCUGGAUCGUACCAGUGCCAGGCAGUGUCACCGUCCGGGAAGACCAUGUCAAAACCCGCAGUGUUAACCGUAUAUGUGAAUGAUUUUGACGCAUGCUCCAGAUCACUGACGUCAAAGAAGGUAGAUCUAUUGCCUGGAUGCCACGUGAACAACUCCGUCACGGGAGCACGUGACACGACGAUAGACAUUGGAGAAUGCGCCGCCAACAGGUGCGUCCUCUCCUCCGAAGCUCCCUCAGCUACAUGCAACAGUAGUAAAAACUCCUCGUCUUCUUGUUGCAAGCCAAAGGAAACGGAAACUAUAAAUGUGACAUGUAAUGACGGAACACAAUACGUCAUGUACAAAAUUACGUCAUGUGGAUGUGUGAACUGUUUUGAUGACGUCACAAAAGCAUUUGUAAGUGGAAUUAUUUACGGGAAGAAAAACAAUGAAAUCAUCCCUUUGCAGUACGGGACCAUUUAUUACAAAGGAAAGCAGUUGUCCAAAACAACCAGCGACGGAAAAUUUCAUUUCAGAGUUCCCGAAAAGGUUGAGAGAUUUGCAGUUGAAAUUAAGGACGGCCCUUUCAGACGUCUAUCAACUACGGUUAAAGUUUUACAGUACCAAUCCGGCUUAACGGCCUAUCAGUCUAUAAAGGUACCCUUAAACCCGGAUCCGGUAGUACUGACGCUCAACAAAACAAACAGUGUCAACAUAAUCGGUUCGGACUCGUCUCCUUUAGGGACCCUUAAAGUUGACGCUGGCUCCGUCGUGGACAAAAACGGAAAAAUAUUUUCUCGAGAAGCGCGUUUGCUCUUGUCGUUUCAAGACACCAGAGACCUCGAAGGAAUCACAGAGUCCCCAGGGGAAUUCGUAACGAUGAGCGAAGAAGGGGAAACCGACCCCUUGAGAACUUUUGGAACAUUUUCACUGAGGUUUGAGGACACAAGAAGAAACCAAUUGUUCGUGACAAAACCUAUUCAGCUUCAGUUUGACCCCGACAAGGUCAAGGCUAUGUCGGAAAACAAUGAACUCACGGAUGUUAAAUUAUGGGGUCUCGAUAAAAAUACCGGAGCGUGGGUGGAGGUGGGACCCCUUUCCCAACGGGAAGAUGUUACAGAGGAAGGGUUGAGACGCACAGGUAGAAGGCUACUUCAAACACAACCGCGAUCCUUCAUCGCUGGGACAAUCCCUACCCCAGUGUUGUACGAUUAUUACAAUUUAGACAUCAGAGAAAACAACACCAUUCAGUGCCACGUGAAAGUUGGCGCCUACGAUGACGUCAGCAAGACGAGUCCCGUUUCUGGUUUGAAUGCCUACAUCCUGACCAAAAGCAGCACUACCGGAAACUGGAUCGGUUACAGUCGCACAUGUAUUCAAAACGGAAAAGCAUGCCUACGAACUUUCUGCCCCAACGCCGAGGGUUUCAUCUUCUCGGAGGCCAAAGGGCCAGCAGGGUCUCCCCAGCGACUCCUGGCGGACAUCUCUGACUACAACCAGUACGUCAUCGUGAACCAUACGGAUGUGUAUUACGAAUCUCCCCGAAAUGUACCCAGUCGGGCAUUUUAUCGAGAUCUUCCGUCAUGCUAUAGCCCGGAGAGUAAAGAUCAUUUGAAAUUCUAUGUCCCUGUCAAAAGGGAAUGCAGUGUUUUUAGGAAAAAUGAAGCCCAGUGGAAAGUGCCAGAAAGAACGACUGCCCGGUACGCUGCCUGUUUCGUGCGAGUCAAAGUUAUGGGACCGAUUGAAUUUAAAGCAGCAGUUAUAGCCAGCAGUGAAUUAAACGAAAAUGGAUUCAAUACCGAAGACUUCGGCACCGCCACCUGCGACUCCGACCGAGCAGCGAGAUCUCAUUUCCACUGCCUAGAGUUCAGAUGUGCUGGUGACGUCAUAGUACCUGGUGACGUCACAGCGCACUAUAAACCGAGGGCAAACAUAACUGUGACGUUGAAAGUGUCAGCAAAAGAGGCAAACACGAAUCGGACUCUUAGAUGUAUUCACAGGUCCACUCACUCUAGGCUUGGCAACUUGAUUCCAAUCAGCAGCAUCCCAAAUACUGCCUCCUUUUUGUCCACCAUCGGAGACAAUUUCGGGUUUUCCCAGGGCAUACCAAGGGCUGUGAACACGGAUUACGAGAUCUCGCGAGAGGAUGCAAAGGAUAGGUGCGAAAACGAGGCUGAGGAUGCUCUUGAGUUUUACUGUCUUGGAGCUUCGGAAGAACACUGCAUCAUGACGAACCGGGUCUCGGGGCAAGCGUACACGAAAGCUCUGACGUCACGGUACAGUCCCGCCACCUCCAUAGCCCAGUGUAAUGCCAUUUGUCUCUCAAUACCGGAGUGCCUGGCUGCAACGACGUGCAGGGGGUGGCGCUAG